CUGCGCGGCGCUCUGCGCUGGGGCGUUGCUGGGAAACAUCUGCCGACGCCUGUGGCGGGGACCGGGCGACAUGGCGGCGGCGGCGGCGCUGGCGCGGCUCGCAGCGGCCUUCCUUCUCCUCGCGGCCCAGGUGGCCUGUGAGUAUGGCAUGGUGCACGUGGUAUCUGAGACCGGUGGCCCCAAAGGCAGAGACUACUGCAUCCUCUACAACCCACAGUGGGCCCACCUGCCGCAUGACCUCAGCAAAGCGUCUCUCCUGCAGGUGCGGAACUGGACCAGCUCCGUGCUCUGCUCUCCUGCUGACCUCCCCCCCAAAGGCUUCAGCAACCAGAUUCCGCUGGUGGCACGGGGGAACUGCACCUUCUACGAGAAAGUGCGGCUCGCCCAGGGCAGCGGGGCCCGCGGGCUGCUCAUUGUCAGCAAGGAGGCGCUGGUGCCCCCGGGAGGCAACAAGACACAGUAUGAGGAGAUUGGCAUUCCCGUGGCCCUGCUCAGCUACCGAGACAUGCUGGACAUUUUCCAGACUUUUGGCCAGGCAGUGCGGGCGGCGCUACAUGCCCCCAAGGAGCCCAUGCUGGACUACAACAUGGUCAUCAUCUUCCUCAUGGCCGUGGGUACCGUCGCGCUCGGGGGCUAUUGGGCCGGGAGCCGGGAUGUCAGGAAGAGAUACAUGAAGCACAAGCGGGAUGAUGGGCCCGAGAAGCAGGAGGACGAGGCUGUGGACGUGACGCCUGUCAUGAUCUGCGUCUUCGUGGUCAUGUGCUGCUCCAUGCUGGUGCUGCUCUACUUCUUUUAUGACCAGCUUGUCUAUGUCAUCAUUGGCAUCUUCUGCCUGGCCUCCUCCACCGGCCUCUACAGCUGCUUGUCACCACUCGUGCAGAGGCUGCCAUUCUGCAAGUGCAGGGUCCCCGACAACAGCCUGCCCUAUUUCCACAAGCGCCCUCAGGUCUGCACACUGCUCCUGGCGCUGCUGUGUGCGGCCGUCAGCGUGGUGUGGGGCAUCUUCCGGAAUGAGGACCAGUGGGCUUGGAUCCUCCAGGACGCGUUGGGCAUCGCCUUCUGCCUCUACACCUUGAAGACCAUCCGCCUCCCCACGUUCAAGGCCUGCACACUGCUGCUGCUGGUGCUGUUCAUCUACGACGUCUUCUUCGUGUUCAUCACGCCCUUCCUGACCAAGAGCGGGAACAGCAUUAUGGUGGAGGUGGCGACCGGGCCUUCGGACUCAGCCACCCAUGAGAAGCUGCCCAUGGUGCUGAAGGUUCCCAGACUGAACGCCUCACCACUGGCCCUGUGUGACCGCCCCUUCUCCCUCCUGGGCUUCGGGGACAUCCUGGUCCCAGGGCUGCUCGUGGCCUAUUGCCACCGCUUCGACAUCCAGGUGCAGUCCUCCAGGGUCUACUUCGUGGCCUGUACCAUCGAAGGACCUACCUCAGUCGCCCUGGGCGCCCGCCCCCGCCGACGGCCCGCAGCAGCCCCGUGCCGACCCCGAUGCCGCCCCCGCCCCAGCCCCAGCCCCAGGCCGGGAAACUCCUGGCGAAGACGCGGUCCCAACCCCUCCGCCGGCGGAGCAGACCCCAGAACCGUCUGCGCCCGAGAAGGAGCUCGAGGCAGACGCGCCCCCCCAGGAACCCGAACGCCUCUCGGCCCCACCCGGCCCCUCGGCCUAGGGGAGGGUGCAGACUCGGCGCCGCGCCCCGGACUGGACCCGCGCGGCCCCCAACUUGGUGCUCUGGUCUGGCCGAUGCGCACGUCCUCCUCCAGCCCGCCGGCCGCACCCCGGCCCCCAGCCCUGCUCCGAGCUCGCGUGGCCGUGAAGCCCCCGGCCGGCAGAGGCCACCCCCGCGCGCGAUCCACCUCCUGCGCGGUGGUGUCCUGGGGAGGGCAGAGCGGCACCCCCGCCGGUGGCCUCAGACACGCCCAGUUUGGUGCUUACCCCGCUGCUGCUUCCCUGGGGUCGGGGGCGGGAGAGGGAGGGGCUCUGGUCCGCAGGGCCCCCGGGGUUUGGACUGGGGCUGUCGCUGGUCCGGUGGGGUUGGGGCCCAGCUGUGAGCUCACAGCCCCUGUGCUCCAGCUCCUCCAUAUUUUAAUAAAUGGCCACGGCUUUUUGAGAUCUUGGUAGUGUCGCCUCUUGGGGUGCGAGCCCCUCGGACUGCUCCUCCGAAGCAGGGGGGUGGCUGGCGCCAGGCCGGUGGCCCUAUUUUGCCUUUCCGCUUAGAGGAACUCGGCCCCCACCCUUGCCGCGGUCACCUGCACGUUCAGCACCCCAUCAGUGCACGCACCUGGGCCUCCAGCUACCGCGGGCGGGCGGAGAGCUUCCGGAAUGUGGGAGGGGGGCUCUGGAACUGGCUUACGUCUUCUACCUCACAGACAGGGUUCUCUGAACCUCAGGACAGAGAUGCCGCCGCCCCCACGUCGGGCUGGCCAGGGAGACACCGCCUGGACAGGCAUCCGGGGCUGUGACCGCCAGGGCCCCGGCCUACUCCUUCACGUCCACGACGAGAGGCGAGGCCCAGACCCUUCGACCGCACGCCGGCUCCGCGUCCCUCCCGUCCCGCCGGUCUCCAAACCAUGAUCCAUUCCAAAUGAUACCAGCGCCAGACUCACGUCUCAGCCACGCCUCCGAGGAAGAAACCAUGUUUGUUUCUGAAAAAAAAAAAAAAAAAAACAAACAAACCCAGAAGACGUCUACCACCUGUUUCUGUGUUUCCUAAGAAGAACAGGUGACCCCGCGGUUGGGUUGGGGUGGCGCAGCUGGACCUGCCCCGCCCCACCCCACGGGAGCCCCUGGCCUCGGAGGCGGGACGGGGAGGCAGCCACCGGGCAGGGGGGGAGGGGAGGGAGGGUCCGAGCGGACCCCGUCCUUCCGGGAGGACCACGCCUUCCUGUAAGCCAUUUUGUACGUCGUCAAUGUUUGAACGCGGAUGGCAUUUCUCUCUUUUUUUUUUUUUUCCUGUUUCUGAAGUUUGACAAAUGUCAAGGAAUUCAAAGCGGGAUAUUAGUUCCUGAAGUUUCCGUUUGCAGUUUCUGCCUUGCUUCUGUUUGAAUCUUGUAAUUAAACACAGCUUUUGAUAUUUA